AAUUGAAUCGUAAAACAUGUCCAAGAUUUGCGUUACGUUUCACUCUCUUAUUUUCGACUGUAUGAAUCUGUUCACAUUUUAUUGUGUGUCUAUAGACAAGAAAUAAUUCCAUAUAUUCCUCGUCGGUUAUAUGUAAACGAGUAUAUUGUUUGUUUAAUAUAGGGUUCCAUUGAUUUUGCUUAAAAAAUGUUUUUGCAAAUUUACCUAAAUAUGUAUCGAGAUUGGACGUGUCUUUAAAAUUUAAAUUACGUUCCACGAGCUGUCGAAAAUGUUGUAUUGCAGUCCAAACUAUGUGUUUCGAUGUCAUGUUAUGUGCUUUGUCGUCGUCCUUAUUCACAUACAUAACGUUGGCAUCGGCAUUUUGUAACCAAUUGGGUAGACCCAAUAAAUUGUGGAAAAACAUAUACUUAAGCGAAUGAUUAGAACCGUAUCCAGCGAUGGUUGGUGUUUUGGCGAGAUGUCCCAUCAAAAGAGUUGAAAUCGACUCGAUCGCCUGGAUUCCUCAUCUACGAGAAGACACGAAAGCUUUGAAGUUAACAAACAUCCCGAAUUUGUCCAAUCAAGACAUGGCUGUGAUAGUUGAGAAGUUUCCUCAUUUACAAACGUUGUCAUUUUCUGUAAUAUCGGAUUUAAUGACCGUCGAUGCUGCAAUCCUCUUGACAACAUUAGAUCAACUAUGUGUACUCAGUAUAGACGGUUGUUACUUUAUCGAUGAUCGUGUUUUACACAUUUUAAUUCGUUCUUUAGGUUCUCGCCUAAUAUUUCUUCAUCUCAUGGGAACUCAUGCAGUGUGUUUUGACACACUUAAAGAAAUUCAUGGACAUGCUCACAAUCUAGAAACGCUACACAUUAGUGUUGUUACACAACCAAGCAGAGACGAAAUUUGGUUUUUUGUGGCAUCUUGUAACAAGUUGCGACGUUUGGUUAUCUUUACCGAUGAUGUAAUUGACGAAUGUUGCACCUUUACUGGAAUGAAUGCAAAGAACGAAGAAUGUAAAAUAUCCAUUGGAAUGUUUUGAUAUAUUUAUUCCAAGAAGAACGAGAGACAAAUAAAAAGAUUUUUAACACAACUUUUUUUGAUUUUAUUGCACCGUACAAAAUGCAAACAAAAUACUAGACUGUUUUGCAAUUAAACAUUUGAAAGCAUCGUAUCGAAACGGUACACUAUUACAUAUUAAACACACUGUUUUAAGGUGUGCAGAUGAAUUUGCUAACGAUAACAGUGUCACAUCAGUUAUUUUUUCACACGAAUUUAUGUAAAAAUGUUCUAAAUAUCUACAUUUCGUUAUUAGGAAUUGAAUUGCAUUAUUAGUCAAUUUCGACCCAUUUUCGAUUUCUAGCGUCGAUAUAUUGGGUACUUUAAGAAUUAUGUCAUAUAAUAAGGUAUCGUUUAACCAUUUUCCUCCAUAGAUGAAGAGACGUCUGAUGUGACUAGGUAAAUGAGGAAUCCAAUUAGGAGAACAAAGUUCAACUCUCUUCGUUUUUUCAUUCUUUAACAUAACUAAUAUAUCUGCAGAACAUUCCUUUGUAUCGUCUAAAAUUACGAAUCCAAUAUUAACAUUAAUUUUAAAAGAAUCUAUAAUAUCUGACCAUAAAGUGAAACAAUGCAAAUCACAAUGUUGGUUUCCCAUAAAAACGUGUCUCAUAACUUCUUCCGCAAAUAAAAUUGAGCUAUUAGGUGCAAGAAAACACCCUUUUGGAAGGUUUGCCGACUGUAGUCCAUUACAUUUCGGUAAAGUGUUAUCGUCGUUUUCACGAAAGUCCAUUUUUUCCAUUUGUAAAACAAUAUCAAUAUCAAUAUCUUAGAGAUCGCAUAAAAGAAAAAAAAGUAGAAACUACUAGAUAUUCUUAUGCCAACAUGGUAUUUUUACCAGUUUCCGCUAGAGUUUAACACUGUAUAGUAUUGUAAAUCGAUAUCCUUUUUUUAUCUUGAUUUGUGGGACUUGGAUGUCUUGAAGGUGCCACGAGGUUUGGAAAAGUGAUGGUAUAGGACGCUGCUUGAUCUUGCGUAUAUUCAUGGAUGUUAGACACAUUCCGAUGCAGUGAAAUUAGAAUCCACCGUGGUGGUGGUGCGCCGUUAAGUCACCUAGGUUAGUUGUUAUAUAUACACUUGUGUAUACCCUCGCUGCCAGAUUAUUCUGAAUGAGUUUAACGAUGAGUAUAAAUAUUAUCGUCCUAAUUUAGCUAGAGAAUUUGUAUUUCCUGGAUGUUACUAUCGACUUUAAAAGAUAAAUUGAGAACAAUGGCGUUUUCAGGAGGAGAUGUAUUAUCAUUUCCUUUUGAAAUGGUCAUGCAUAAAUAUGUUAUGUUCUUAUUGUACCGUUCGCACCGCUGAUUAGUUUGUAGUUGUGAAAGAAAUAUAGAGAUAGGGCGAGAGAGAGAGGGGAGAGAGAGAGAGAGAGAAUAUGCGAAGAGAUAAAAAUAUGAAACGUUUUCUUCUUGCAAUGGCUUAUUUAUGUCAACAUUACAGAAAGAGUGGAAAGGUAACUAUACCCUUACCACAGGCGAAGGAAAAAGUGGAUAUAUAACCACCAUCCACCAACAUCCCAUAACAUCGACAUGGAACAACUUCGCAAGAAACGUUCUGCAAAAGUAGCCUUCGCUACAACUGCUGCUAUGAAUGAAGAUACGCUGUCUACUCCCGGUCCAUCACCAUCGUAUUCGUGGAGUUUACAAGAAGCUGACAACCCACCCACCAAACAGGUUCCUGCGGUGACGACUACUACUAACGCUAUGGACGAAGAUGGCCGUUCUACUCCUGAUCCAUCCUGUUGGGAUCUACAAUCACCUCGUAGCCCCACCAUCAAGGACAAGAAAGAAGAAGAGAUUCCUGCCACCUACAAAAGGGACUGUGCCAUUGCUAUCGCCAUGACGAAGGAAACUUCUAUCUGCGAACCAUCAUCGUGCAAUGGAGACCUGCAAUCACUUCGUAAGGUCUUCGACAAAACGGACGGUGCGUUUGCUGCUGCUUCCGAGACUGACAACAUCUUUGAGGAUGACGACGACGACGACCCACCUUGCUCUGGCAUUUCGAUUGAUUCGUUACCACUUGGAAGUUUUAUACGUACUCACGAAAAUUGUAUUCCAUUUGAGGUUUCCCUGUUGGUUAUGCAGCAUGUAGAGUGCACGAAGUUAUGCCUGCAACAUCCAGACAGUCAUUGGUGCGAUUUGACUAAUUUGUUUUUGGAUUCUAACGAAAAUGACAAUUUGAGCUUUAUAACAAACGUUUUGGAUUUGAUCGACACUCCAACAACUACGCGUUAUAUCUAUUUGUCGGCAAUGCUGCAAGUAGAUGAUCACACUUUGCAGAUGAUUGCAGCUACAUUUCCGAAUCUUUUAUUGCUUCAUAUCCAAGACGGUUCAUUGCUGACAAACAAGGCGAUGGGAAUGAUUGCUAACAAAUUUAAUUUGGAACAUUUGUACAUUAGGAAUUGUAAACUGAUGACAAAUGUAGCAUUGAUGUGUCUCGCAGCUGCGCGUCCUACGCUUCGAACGCUUUGUUUAAUCGGAAGCAAGAACAUGAAGUUUAACAGUUUCCAAAGACUUAUUCAUAUCCAGAAGCAACUUCUUUGUGCGUAUUGUACUAUUUGAUUGCAUUGUUGUAUAAUGUAAUGGUUUUUUGCAAUGGAAAUUAUGGAAAUUUUUGUAUACUAUGGUUUGUUUUUACAUCUAUUGAAAUAUUGUAUAAUGGAGUGUAUUAUGAUUGUGUGAAUAAAACGAUCAAUCAACAGCAAA